AUGGAUUUACCUAUUAACAGUGUCUGCAAAAUAUCGUGUGCAUCAUUGGACGACACCCCAAUACUUAGAAAGAAGACAGGUAAAAGGUCACAAGAAAAACGGAAGAGAAAGUCAGCCUCUGUAUUUCAGAAUAGCCUUGGCCACUGUACCAAGAUGGAAGCUCACUUACCAGUAAAAUCAGAUGCUGAACAAAUUUCACAUCCAAGACGUCCUGUACCAUGUGCUGCUCUUGAGCCUCAACGAAACUUAACGAUGGCGAAGCAGUCCAACCGACAUCAUGAGGCACAAAGACGGUUGUUCACACUUAAGACUGCUACAAAGCUGGCGGCUCGUAGGAGUAUUGGUGGCAAGGCACUCAGGAAGCAGUUGGACUCUAGCAUCAGAUCCUACGAAUCUGCUCAAAGGGGAGGUCUUAGCAGGACAUAG